AUGAACUCUUCCACUUUAAUUAACAGAUUAAAUGUGACAUUGACAUGUUAUAAAUUUGGUGUAAAUGUUUACUUACAGAGGAUAUGUAAGAUCUUAAUUUAUUUUACACUUCACUGUCACUUAGAAUUACUAAAGGCACUAGAAACAUGCAUGAAGAAUCCAACACCUGAGCCCUAUAUGCUCAAGAUGGUUUAUGACAUAAAAUCAUGGAUUAGUGAUUAUUGUGAGGAGUUACAUGAACACAUAGUUCCAAAGUGUUUCAAAUUUACAUCGAAUGAGGACGGAAAAGCAGUUAUGCACUACAGAAAUUGGAGCCAUGAGCCAUGGAAAGAGCCCAUUAUAAUGCUGAAGGUUAGCAUAUGAAAUUCUUAAUCUGUGGUUCUUGAUUCAUAGUUAAAAUAGUAACUUAAAAGCUUACCUGAUGUUUUCUGAAGUAGCAUUGGCACUGACAAUAUAGGCCUGAAAAAAACCAUUAAUGCUCCAAAUAACUGAAUGUUUGCUGACAUUACAUGUUAAGAAUAUGCUGGGUUUAAAUUGAUCCUCAACUUAAAAUGUAUCUCACUGCUUUUCCCUGUCUGGGAAAGGACCAUAAUGUGUACAAGUCAAAGAAGAAUGAAAUGGAAAGAGAAAACACUCAUUAAUGUCUGUCAAGGAAAUUUGAGCCAACAAAUAUAUUAUUAGACAUGGUUUGAUGCUACUCUGGUUUAGAGAUUAAUUUUGUUGAAUUUAACAGAGAAGUUACAGUUAUUAAAUAUUUAAACCAGAAUAGUAUCAAACCAUGUUUGAUUGUCCACCUGGCUGCCUUGUGAGCUUUCAUAUAUCAAAUUCAUUGUUUGUCUUUUUUUGCCACACUAGAGUUUACCCUCAGGGAAGCCAAAUCCUGUGACUCCUUCUCUAAAUAAACUGAACAUGGAGGGAUUGAAGAGAGAUAUUCCCACCAAAUAUCCCAAGAAUAUGCCCUUAAAAGCAUCUGAAGAGUGGGAAUCCUGGUUAGCAAAAACAGAGUUUAAUCUAUUAUCAGUACCUGACAACUACACUUGGCCAGUGGAUAAAUUAAAGAAUACUCCAAGGACUGUUUUAGCCUCAAAUGGUGAACUCCCACAUGAACUUUUAGAGCUCAGAGAGGAGGAGAUCCAGCCUAUCACAGAGGUGAAUAAUAAUUAAAAUGCAGCAGUGGGCACUAAAAAGCCAAGCCUUCAAAUGGUCCUACAGAUAUAAAAGAGAAAUAAUUAGAGGGGUCCAUUACUCUAACCCCUUCUGCAUCCAGUUAUAGAUUACACAAGUCCAAUUUUAGAUAUAUAAUAAUGUACAAGAUAAAAUUACAUGCUUCUGAGUGGCUGAAAAAAAGUUAAUUCUCAUGUAGCACAAAUGCAAAGUUGUAACAUGAGUGCCAAUUACAAAUAGUGCAAACACACUUUCAAAAUUUUGUCUGUACAUUAUUAACAAGUAAUAACCUAAAUUUUUCUUGCAAUAUGGUCUACUAAGCACUUGUAAAUUUUUCAAAUACCACAAAAUUGUACUUGCCCUUCAGGCUCGUGCAAAAAUUUUGUUGUCUUUGGAAAACUUAUUUGUGCUUAUUCACACCAAAUUGCACUAAUAGAAUAUGACACGGUUACAUAAUCCAUUACUUAUAAUUAAUCAAAUAAUGAAAAAAUGAUAGGAACAAUUGAUAACUGAUACAUCUCAGUCGAAAUACGCACCUAAACAAGCAAAUUCUUAUGACAUGUCUGUUGAAUAUUUCAGAUUUAAGGUCGUUACAGGACCCCGAGGGAAAGGGAAGCGCCUAUUGAAAUGGUAGACGAUUUCCUCGCUACACUUCAAGUCAGUUGCUUUGUGGCUAUGUACUUCGCCAAUUACGAUAAACUGCCCUGCAUUGGCAAGGUCCUGGCCGUCGAGGAGGACAUUUUUAAGGUGCAUUAU